AUGGCCCUCCCUGUAUCUCACUACUUCUCGCAGCGAUGGCACACGACCCCGCUGCCGCGCCUGAUCGAUGAACUCGCCGAACUUUGUCCGAACCACCCUAUGGUCUCCCUACCGCGCAACAAGGACCGGCCAGAUGAAGGAUACCGUGACUACAGCCUUCAGGAGUUCUCCAGUGCGGUGAAUCGCGCCGCGUGGUGGAUUGAGCAGCACCUGGGACGCGCUCCGACCCGCUGGGCCACCCUGCAUUAUGUGGCUCCCCAAGACCUGUCGUACUUCAUUAUCACGUUGGCCGCAGUUAAAACAGGAUAUCAGACCCUGACUUGUCACCCCAGCGCAGACGUCGACACGCAUCUGUCGCUCAUGGAGCACACUGACUGCCAGCUCCUGCUGUAUCCCCCCAGCCCACACACGUCGGCGAUGCAGAAGGUCAACGCCAUUCGGGCCUUCAAGUCCGGGCUGACCGCUCUCGUCACCCCACCGCUGGAGGAGUGGCUGGCCGCCGAGGGCGCCCCGACUCCCGUGUACGCCUUCACGCCAACAUUGGCAGAAGUGCUGCACGAUCCCUUCACCAUCAUUCACAGCUCGGCCUCGACGGGGCCUGCCAAGCCCAUAGUCUUCACCCAUGCCACUGUCUACCUGCAGCCGGUGGGGUUUCAGAAGCUGCUGGAUCCCAGUCUGAUCAACUACGAGCAGUGGCGCGGCCAGCGCGUCGGCGUGCUGACGCCCCUCUCCAUCGCCGCGGGCCUGUUCCCCUUCCUAGGCAUGAACUUCUGCUUCGAUCUGACCUUGGUGCUGCCCGGCGUGACAACUGGGCCUGGUCCUUCCAUGACCGCAACGCUGAUGGACCAGCUUCUACAACACGGCGACGUCUUUGCCUGUAUUACGGGACCCAAGACCCUCCCCGAGACGUGCGCUAACCCGGCCUACGCCGACAACUUACGCCGCGUGCGCCAGCUCGCCAUCGUCGGGGCUCCCUGCCCGCCGUACCUGGCCUCCCAGGUCACCGCGCACACCCAGAUCACCCACAUCUACGGCUCGUCCGAGUCUGGCACACUGCCCGCCGAGGUGCUGCCCGACCCGGCCGACUGGGCCUAUUUGAAGCUGAGUCCAGAUGUGCCGCACGAGUACCGCCCCGUGUGCGGGCCCUACCACGAGCUGGUGCUGUUGCGACGUCCCGACGCGCCCGCCCAGCCCGUCUUCGCCAUGUUCCGCGACUGUGACGAGUAUCCCAUGGGCGACCUGUUCGCCCGGCAUCCCUCGCAACCAGAUUACUGGCGCUACUGUGGCCGCCGCGCGGAUCUCGUGGGCUCUCCGCCGCGUCGCUUCCUGCCCCGCGACAUGGAGUGGGUGCUGGAGGCCCAUCCCGCCGUCCGCUGGGCCCUAAUUGCCGAGGAGCGCCACGGUGGCCUUGCCCUGCUGCUGGACCUCCACCCCGACGCGCAACGUGUGUGUCCUCCGACUACAGAUAUCUGGGACACUCUCCAGCUGCUGCUCGACCAGGCCAACGCGCUGUGUCCCAUCCCCGCCGCCCUCCGCCGAGAUCUUGUCGUCUUCACCGACCCGUCCCGGCCCCUGCCACUCAGCGUCAAAGGGAACCCGCAGCGCGCCCGCUCUCUCGAGCUCUACCGGUCGGAUAUCGAGGCCGUGUUCGGUUCGGAUGAGAGUCAUUACUAA